AUGACAGGAGAUACCAAGACAGGAGAUGGGAUCAAAGCUACCGAUUCUGCCAACAAUGCCAGGAGCAGUAGUAGUCGAGCCUCAGUUUUGAAGACCAUCAAGAAUACCCUUCAAGACAUCUUUGAUCCCCCGGAACCAGAGAGAUUGCCACCAAAACGACAUCCCCCCAAACAGCUUGAUGCUUUGGUUGUCACACUGCUGACGACAUUGACUAUCGUUGACUCAUUUUGCAAGAAGCUGUCAGCUGGCAUGGAAAGAGGGACGAUACAAUGGGAUUUGAGUUCCGGUUGGUCCAUCACCCAAAGACAUGCACUUGCCCAGAAAACGCUUGCCACCACCGAAGGGGCAGGAAAACAUGCUCUUUGGUGGACAUGCGUGUUUCCCAUUCUUGAUCUCAGUUCAAUGAAAAAUGGCUUGACCUCCUGA